UUUUUAUCGGAAAGUGUCGGUGGUGUGUUAAAGGAUCUUCUUCUCCCAAAGAAACAAGAGAUUUUGGUCUUUGACGCUCUCAUUGGAGGGUGUGCGUUCUUGUCUUCCUCAAUUUUUGGUUAAGCUUUCCAUUUCAGCUCUAAAGCUCUUCUUCUUCUUCUUCUGGCUCAUCAAUGCUUCACGCUCUCUCUUGUGCUGAUGCUUAAAAACUGAAGUUUACCCUUCUUUCUCUAUUCUGAUCUUCGCCCACUAACAGUGAGUCUGAGACUCAGAAGAAGAAUUUACGAGAUCCAAGUAGUCGCGCGAUGGGGUUUGAUUUGAAGCAAGUGGUGGCUGGCAUACUCACACUCACAAUGUUCGUGAUGCUUGGGAAUAUGAUCAAAAGGGACCAUUUUGAUUCGGUGGAAGAACAAUUUCCAGGGGGAACAGAGUCGGCCGACUUUGAGAAUGCAAAGUUUGAUGCUACUCAUGUGAAGAAGAGUAUAGGGCUUUGGACUGGAGAUGCUGACGAGCUAAAAGCAUGCUGGGUUAAACCAUCUAUGGACGAUGUAGAGCAGACUGAAGGCUUUGUUACUUUUUCGUUAACUAAUGGCCCUGAGUAUCAUAUUUCUCAGAUUGCAGAUGCUGUGGUUGUUGCUAGACGUUUGGGGGCAACACUUGUUCUCCCUGACAUCAGAGGAAGCCAACCUGGUGACAAGUGGAACUUUGAGGACAUUUAUGAUGUGGACAUGUUCAUGACAAGCAUGAAGGGGGUGGUUAAAGUAGUAAAGGAUUUUCCUGCUCAAAUAUCAACACGGAGUCUUGCUGCUGUGAAGGUCCCUAAUAGAGUUACUGAAGAUUACAUAGCUGAACAUGUUGAGCCAAUAUACAGAACAAAGGGAAAUAUAAGGCUUGCAACUUACUUCCCUUCAAUAAACAUGAGAAAGGAAGGAAAUGCUGCUGAUACUGAUUCUGUUUCUUGCUUAGCAAUGUUUGCAAGUUUACAGCUACAGCCAGAGAUGAAGGAAGUGGUUGAUUCAAUGGUAGAAAGACUAAGAACUUUGAGCCGAAAGUCGGAUGGCCAGUUCAUAGCGGUGGACUUGAGGGUUGAGAUGUUGGAUAAGAAGGGUUGCCAUGGAAGUGAUGAUGAUGGAGCUAAAAGCUGCUACAACGCCCCAGAGGUUGCAUUAUUUUUGAGGAAGAUUGGUUUUGACAAGGGUACCACAAUUUAUGUGACUCAAUCAAGGUGGCAUAACGGCCUUGAUUCUCUCAAGGAUAUGUUCCCCAAAACUUAUACAAAGGAAGCCAUCAUGCCCGCUGAUAAAAAGAUGAAGUACCUGGAUUCUGAAGGUUCUGAAUUUGAGAAGGUGAUCGAUUUUUACGUGAGUUCCGAGAGCAACGUUUUCGUACCAGCAAUUUCAGGCUUGUUCUAUGCCAAUGUAGCUGGCAAGAGAAUUGGUUCUGGUAAAACUCAGAUAUUUGUCCCGGCUGAUAUUGUAGAUUCUUCUGCUUCUGCUUCUGCUUCUGCGUCCAAGUUCAUCUCUCCUUAUGUCUCCAAGAAAAACCACUUUGCCUAUUCCUGUUAUUGCUAGUUUGGUGUGAAGAUAAGUAAAAAGGUAUUGUGAAGCUUUCAUCAAAGAUGGUCUUGCUUCUCCAACGAUUAGUUUACUCAAUGAAGGUGGAAUAUGAGGUCCUAACCACCCGCCGGGAAUUCAGUGUUAACAUUUUCCUCCCCUUUUAAAUUAUGUUGAUUUUUUUUUUUUUUGCCCUCCCCUUAUGGAACGUUCACCAAGAAAUGGGGAACGAAAGAAUUAUUGUUCAGUUGAUUGAAGUCACUGUCAUUUGAUGCGUACACAGUGCUUUCUUUUCUUUGUUAUGUAGGAGUUUGUAAAAUUAUGGUUGCCUCUCA